ACGAUCGGAUAUCCAAGGAAAACAAAGUAUCAAGGAGGAUGCGAAAACAGCGUUCAAGCAAUAAAAUGUAUUUAACUGCAUUUCACGUAUAGAAACAUCCAUACACUGAACAACAGUGGUGAAGAUAAGAGGUUAGUGGAAGUUAACUAGGUAAUCCAAUGGGUUCUAAACCAAGCACUCCUAGAGCCAAACAAAAUACAAGUACAUCGGCUGUAAAUCAUGUGAAGAAGGGCAAAGAUGUUAAUAAAGGAGAAGGGAGCCAGAAGGUGGAACCGCCCCUCGACAAGGCAUCCAGUGAUAGUCCGAAGGAUGUGAUGAUUAGCUACAGUCACCAGGACAAGGAGAUCAUGGCAAAACUCAGAGAGAAGCUGGAGGAAAAUGACAUCACAGUUUGGGUCGAUGUUGCAGGGUUACAAGCAGGUGUAGAUUUCCUUGGCAAAAUUGGACAAGCUAUUCUUGAUGCCAAAUUAUUUAUAUCGUUGCUGAGUACUUCCUCUGUCAAGUCGAAGUAUUGCCAGGAUGAGGUAGCGUUGGCCUAUAUUUCACAGAAACCAAUAUUCCCAUUCGCCAUCAAUACACAACAGGAGCUCUACACCAGCAUGGGGACAGGAAUGAAAUUACAGCUUGCUGCCAUUGAAUGGUCAUUCUCUCUUGAGUCUGAAAAGUUUGAGGAUGAUUUUGCAGAAUUACUAGCACGAAUGAAAACAGAGCUAGAGGCACGCAAAACAGAUGAGAAAUGUGAUGUCAGUGGUAAAGGUACACUCGGCCGACAGACAAGUAAAAGCAAAAAGAAAGACACAAAGACACAAGAACAGGCAGACGAAUUCUGGAAAAGACACUUUUCUAAAGAGGACAUGGUAGGAUGGGAAAGGUUCAAGAAGGAUUUUUCUAAGUAUUUUCACAAAGAGAUUACCAAUCUUUUUACCGAAACUCAAGAACAAGAUUUCCUUUGGAGAAACUGGAAGGAGGAGUUAGAACUGCUGAAUGAUGAGGUCUCUGUGGAUAUGCUGUUAAAGGAAAGCCUCAUAGAUUUCACAGUACGGUAUGGAGAGACCCUCUCCCUAUGGGAGAGUGUUGAGGAGUUUGUCAAGGAAAUGUUUGCAAUACACGAGGUAUUUGGAAUGGACUCCUCUGUUAGAGUACAAGCCAUUGAUCAUCUAGGGCAGUUCCAGAGCCCUCGGGUGAUCGAGUCCCUACGCGAUCUGAUGUACAACCAGGACCCUAAUGUGCGUGCAGUGGCCAGCAUCUCAUUGGCCAAGACUGGUAACUCUGAAAAGUCAACAAUCAAGCGAUUGAUGAAGAGUCUUAAUGACAAAGAUCGUCUGGUGAGAGAGGCAGGGUGUUUAGCUCUGGGUCACAUCAAAGCUAAGGAGGCCGUCCCAGCUCUACUCCGCCUUUGGCGGAAUGACUUCAUCUCACACGUGCGAGAGGCUGCCCAAGCUGCGCUGGAAUUAAUCGGCGGUGACGAAGUGGAGCAAGCCAUGCAUAUCACCAAGGUCCUGGCCGAUGAGAUAAGGCUUCUAACUCUGGAAAAUUAGGCUUCACAGUUCUGUAAAGCAGCAACACUUCUGUGCUACAUAAUAUAAACUCAACUUAAAAACUUGCAUAAUUUGGUGCAUGGUGUAUCAUGUUAUAUAAAAAUAGUAGAAAUUUUAAACAAUUAGAGUGAUAUUAAAAUCUUCCAAUCAGCACUUAAUGAUAAUAGUAGGAUAUCAACAACCUGCACAUUAAGAUAAUAAACAAAACAAACGUAGUAGAGUGUCAACUAGUUUGGAUUUUUCUAUUUUUAGAGAGAAAAAUACUCUUUUCAGAUAAAUGUUAUUAUCAGAUAUCAAAUGAUAGAAUCGGGGUGUAACAGUGGAAAAUAUUUGUCAAUGUCUCCGCCAGGAGUUAAAGCCGGAACCUAUGGCUUACUAGUCUUGUGCUCUACCAAAUGAGCUUAAGAGAAAUUGGCUCUAGCCGAGUCGGUAGGAAGCGGCUAGUAUUUUGUACCAGGGUAACACAUUGAUUGGAUAAAAUAUUGCAGAAAGAAAUUUCAUGCUACAGGACUUCAUUGGACUUCUUAUCCUUGGUACCAUUGCUUUAGAUUUCAAUUCUAACUCUUCCAAAUUAAGUUAUAAAACAAAUGCUCAGGAUUCCAAUAUUCAUAAUCAAAUUUUUAUUUUUGUAAUUAUUGUAUGUACUAUUGAUGAUAGGAAAUGCUUAGUAGAUGUAGCCAAUGAAAAUGUGUUUUAUGUGAAGUAAAGUCUUUGAGUAUACUCCUGCUUUGUUUAAGCACAGAUUCCUAUGGCAAAUGAGAAAAACAAACUAAAUGCGCUAACAUGUGGUUGGAGUCAGGGAUAUUAUAUGUAACUUUAAAUUUGUUCAUCCGUCCGUCCUAAUCAAUUCCGCAGCAUUCAUCCUGUAAUAUUUUGUGCAUGAUUAACAAACAUAGAGUAUGUGGGUGCAAAUAGUGAAAACACACUGCUGUGUACCAAAAGUAGGUCACUAUGACAUAUAUUUUGACCUCUGACCUAAAACCUGUAAUUAGAAACCACUCUGGCCUUUCCAACAAGCAUGUUGUUUACUUGCUUGCAGGAAAAGUUUUUUCACUAUUUGGAAAAGCUCUUUCUGGAGCUUUUUUAUCACCAUUUAUGAGUAACCAAGAGCUAAAAUGCAAAUGCUGUACCCCAAAAUGGAAGAGUAUGUAAGAAUUGCAACGUACCAUCAAAAAUUUACAUCAUUAGGUAUUUUGUUAAAAGCCUCAUUUUGAUUUUUUUUUUAUUUUUUUUUUUAUUUUUCAUUCAAGUGGAUUUUUGCUAAUCAAGCCUGCAAUUUUAAGUUGGCAAAUACAUGGUAAAUGAUAUGUUUGCAAUGCAUUCUUGCAACAUGUUAACAUUGCUUUUCAGUAUAUAGAACAACAAAUUUACUGGAAAUGAAGUCACAUUGUUUUUUUGUUUUUCAAUCAAUCUAUGUUUUCAAUCUGAUCAUGAAAGGGGUGAAAUGGUUGAUCCCAUCUUUGUAAUUUCUCGUAGGAAGUUUUACAUCAUUAUGUUUCUACAUCUGCUUUUGAUUCUAUUGUAAUAACCCUGCUCAAGUCAGAAACCCUUUAAAGGGGAGGAGGAGCCAAUCAAUUUAAAAACCUGCCUUCAGUGUCAUUAGUCUUGUGACAAUACCUACUGUUCGGUCACUGUAAAUGUUGAUUGGGUCUCAUAAAAAGCAAAUAUUUCAACUUAAAAUUACAGUAUUUACCAAUUUAUUUAAACAACAUCAUAUACAUUAAUUGUGGAUAUCUUUCCUGUUGCAGGGUUUUUUUUGCGCUUAUUGCAUAGAUGCCCUACUAUAGCAACAAAAUAGCGUUACUAUGCAGAAAUAGCCAAAAUAUCGUGUUUUGGGACAGUUAGCAUGCAGAAAUGAAAGCCUUGCUUGUGAAAACCAUAAAUGUCUUUCUACAACAGAGCACUGUUAAAUGUUCAAACAUGCCAAAUAUUUACCUGGUUGGUGCAUAAGGAGGUUUUCAAAAAUUAGUAGUUAAUUUGCUUCAACAUAGCUGAUUUUCAUCGUAAAUAGCACAUUUUAGACGAUGAUCACACAUUUCAUUAUGAAAAAUGACGGUUUAUACUUACUAUGUUUGUUACGGUAUGCAAUAUUUUCUUUUUCAGGUGUUGAAUGAAUUUGAAAUUUCAUAUUUGCAUACCAUACUGCAUUAAUUCGAGAUUCCAAAUUUAACAACUAAUUCUAAAUCCCUGAUGAAUUAUACACAAAAGGGCACCAAUCAUACAAAGAAACUAAGUGUAUCCACUGUAUAUUUAAAA